AUGCUCGAUCCCAAACCCCCAAUUCCCACGGUCGACCAAUCCGACAUCUCAUAUACCAAGGAAUCCUCUUCUCCCACGCCCCGUCCCGAGUCCGCUCCUCGCACCUUUGCUCCCAAUGCAUCCCUCGUCCUGGUCGGCAUCCGUGGAUGCGGCAAGCGCUCGCUAGGCUUUGUCGCCGCGACUGCGCUGAAGCGACGCUUCAUUACCGAAGACCACUACUUCCGGGAAGUCACGGGUGUCACGCGACAGGAAUACCUCAAACGGUAUGGCAGUCAGGAGUUCCAGCGUCGGGACAUCGAUGUUCUGAAGUCGAUGCUGGAUAAUCACCGCACGGGCUGCGUUAUGGAGUGUGGACUGGCCAGUCUGACGCGACCUGUGCAGGAUCAUCUGCGUCGCUAUGCCUGGUCCAACCCAGUGGUCCAUCUGCUACGCGAUAUCGAUCGCAUUCAGCAAUUGCUCGGCUUGGAGGACCAGGCAGUGCGGUUGUUCCGGGAAGGGGACCCGAUGCAUCGAAUGUGUUCGAAUUUCGAAUUCUAUAACCUUGAAGAUCGGACGCGUACGUCGGACGAUGCGAGCCCGGAUCGCCGGUCUGCGGAUUAUUCUUUCAAGUUGCAAGAGGUGAAGGAGGAUUUUACGCGGUUUGUGCAGUUCAUUACUGGACUCGAUGUGAAUUAUUCGAGCUAUGACUCGCCGUUCGUUCUGUUAGAGACACCGCCAGAAUUGCGCUCUUUUACCCAUGCGAUCUUCGUACGAUCUUCAGAUCUGAUCGCCGACAAGGUCAACCUGACUGAACUGGAGUCUGGUGGAGAUGCUAUCGAGCUGUGUGUUGAUCGCUGGGGCCCAGACAUGGCAGCCACUGUCAGCAAACAGGUCUCUGUCCUGCGACGAAAUGCGCGGACGCCUGUGAUUCUCUCCAUUGACACCUCCUCCACUGGAAUCGGCUCCCCGGAAUUACCCACCUCUUCUGCUCGACCUUACUUUGAUAUUCUCGAGCACGGUCUACGCCUUGGCGUGGAAUAUCUUGUUGUAGACCUGACUCAAGAUCGAUCCCGGCUGGCUGGGACUAUCAGAGGUCGUGGGAGUACCAAGAUCAUCGGCCAGCAAGUCUUUGAACCAUCUUCCCCCAUUACAUGGGACAGCGCGGGCUGCGUGGCCAUCUACAAUGAAGCCGAAAAGCUCGGCUGUCAGCUCGUCCGCCUCCUUCGAGUCGCUACAAAACGUGAGGACAAUGCCGCUGUGAUUGAGUUCUGCAAUAAAAUCAAGUCACUCCCGGAGGACCACCCACCACUCAUUGCCUAUAAUAUCGGCGCCCUGGGCCGCACCUCGCAAGUGUUCAACUCGAUCCUCACCGCGGUAACACAUCCAGCGAUCACCCAGUCCCCAGAGAACAAGAACGACCCGCAAAUCACCUCUCGCGACGCCGUCCGCGCACUUUUCCAAAGCUACAUGCUCGACCCGCUCAAGUUUUAUAUCUACGGGGAAAAUGUCGCCUACAGUCUAUCCCCGGCCAUGCACAAUGCCGCACAUACCCACUGUGGUAUGGGCCACACCUACAGCAUCCCAGAAUCACCCUCUCUCGCAGUCUUAGACCGACUAGGCCGAGACCCGCACUUCGGGGGAUCCAGCGUCGUGCAGCCAUGGCGCGUACAAGUAUACCAAAAGCUCGCCUCGAAAAGCCGACACGCCGAAGCCAUCGGGGCCAUCAAUACAAUCAUGCCGCUCCGCGGGCACGCAGAUGGAACCAUGUUCCCACUCCAAGAACAAGCUAGCCGACGCAACCAAGCCGGACGGGUACUAGGCUGGUACGGAGAGAACACCGACUGGGUCGGGAUAAUGACGUGCAUCAGGCGACAUCUCUCACCACGCAACGCGAUCAGCGCAAAAACGACAGGUCUGGUCAUUGGUGCGGGCGGCAUGGCGCGGGCCGCCAUCUACGCCAUGCUCCGACUUGGGUGUCGGAAGAUCUUCAUUUACAACCGCACACAGUCGCGUGCCGAAGAAGUCGCGCACCAUUUCAACUCCUGGGCCUCGUCGCAGGUGGGCUCGGGUGAAGUGGUUUGUGUCUUGCGGUCACUUCAGCAAGAUUGGCCUGCGGACGCUGCUCAGCCUAGUCUUGUUGCGUCCUGUGUGCCAGCUGAUCCAGACCGAGAUGAACCACCGGCGAACUUUGAGAUGCCGGCGCAGUGGCUUGGGAGUCCUACGGGGGGUGUGGUACUUGAGUUGGCCUAUAAACCCCUCGAUACACCACUUCUACGACAAAUGCGCCGAGUCCGGAGCGAGACUGGACGGCCUUGGGUCUUGUCUGACGGGUUAGAGAAUGUUACUGAACAGGGCAUUGCUCAGUUCGAGUUGAUGACAGGUCGCAAAGCACCUCGGCGGCUUAUGACCUAUGAGGUUCUACGUAAUUAUGUGGGUGACAGUGGGCGUUUUGAUGAGAAAACUAUACAAGCUCGUCUAGACGGGGUUGCGUCUCCGAGUCGGGAAAAGGAAUAG